GACGAUUUAGGCAUGGUCUUCGAGAAAAGAGGAAGGAUCAGAGGAUCUCACCAAAAUUUGUUAGUUAUGUUGAAUACCGUUAUCUAGCUCGAUCCGUGAGCGGGCAAGAGGAACCAAGUCCUGCGCUGUGAUUGGUUACCCGUUCUUUUUUGGCGAGUUUAUCGUCUCGGCCAUUAACACGCAGAAAAAGAACUUGGCCAAUAUCUUGCCUUCCUGUCCUCACGUUUGGUCAAGAACCAAUAUAUUUGUUACUAACGCUUCCAUACUUGCUUGGCUGAUGACAACCUGGGGUCGAGGAAGUCAAUUACAACAUGGCGCCAGGACUAAAGUUGUUCUUGAAACGAGACUGCGUUUCUUGUCGCAUUACAUGGCUUUAUUUGAAUCAGAAUAAAAUUCCAUUUACAAUGGUUGAUGUCGAUGAGCAGAAGCCGCCAGAUUUUGAAAACGUCAGCCCUCUUGGAUCUGUGCCAUUGUUGCAAGAUGGAAAUCUUAAUAUUUGUGGAAGCCAAGCUAUAAUAUUUUAUUUGGGAGAGAAAUACACCAACUAUGCUGGCUUUGGGAAGAGCGAUGAACGACUGCUGAUAGAAUCUGUUAUAAACUGGGCGGCAACCACACUUCUGAGGGAUGUUGCAAGUAAUUACGUUUACCCAAGUUUAAGCCGACCAGAAGAUGCCUUAGGCAAAGAAGGCAAUGCAUCCUUAGUAGAGUUUGUCAAGACUGAGGUGUUUUUUCACUUGGACACGUUGGAAAAGCACUAUCUGUCCCAGCGUGAUUUCCUGUGUUGCACUGUUCCUACCCUUGCAGACAGCUGGAUUGCUAUGGUGUUAUCUCUGCUAGAGUUGGUCUGCUUGGAUCUAGCACCUUGGCCAAAGGUGAAGUCUUGGAUGAAUUCUAUGAAGGCCAGUAGUGAUUAUGUGGACGUCAGUUAUAAUCACGAGGAAAUGGUGCGGAAGUGUUUGCAUGGCUUGAAUAACAGCACAUCUGAUCUCAAGACAGUGGAUACUGAUCCUGUGACAUAAAUUCUCUUAAUAGCCUUGCAGCUCCUGUGAGUAGCUUCUGUGGAUAGAUAUAACCCUGGGGGCACCCAUAUGAAAAGGUUGGGGGUGCUUGUUAAAAAAAUUUGAAGUUAAUUCCUAAAGGAAUUAAAUACAUUGUAUUUAUACAUUGGAUACAUUGUAUUCAACUAGCUCUAAAAGAUACCAGUUAAAUCAGAAAUGACAGCAUGUUUUAGUUUGAUUUCUUCAAGUCCACCCUGAGAAAUACUUUGAUGGCUGAAAAUAGUGAUGUUUCGUCUUUAACAUCCUGAGAGCUAUCAAAAUCCUUGAUUUAUACCCCUAAGCAAGGAGACAAGCAUCCCCAACCUUUUCAUAUGGGAGACCCCACGGGGAGAACUCAGAUUACAAAGUGUAAAUAACUUAGAAUGACCACCAUUUAAAUCACUAAAAAUCACAGUUGUUAUGGGUUUGGCCAUAAAGUUCCACCACCACCAACUUGACAGCUCUGAUUUGGUGCCAUAAACUGAGUAGCUAAACAGCAAUACAAUUAAGUGCAGGCAAGUACCUGAAUAAAAAGUCAAGUAUUCUUGUGUUUACGAUAAAGAGGAACAAAACUAACUAAUAUAAUGAUAAAAAGGUUUAUUCUGGAACAAAGUAAGUGUAAAGCAUAUCUGACUUGUGAGCAUAUCUGAACUUGUGAGCCUUUGUUAUUAUGCUAAUUCGUAGAGACUAAAGUCAAACCUCUGUAUUAAUUUAUUCACUUUGCUUUAAGAAUGGUGUCACGAUGACGCCGAAACGUCGGUUAUUAACUUUAAUAUUUUAUUUGCUUGUUUAUGUUAUAAAAAAUCGUUAUUGAUCAAGACUUUAACUACAAUAUUGGGUCCCGGACUCGUUUUCUUUUUUAAGCCCAGGAAGCCAAAAUAAAGUGCAUUUUUAACGUGUUAUAUUGUUGCUAUGGUAAUCUUUUGUGCCACGAAAGAGGGUAUAACUUGUUUGCCAAUAAUUAAGCGUUUGUUUGACGCUAUUGUUGCACGUGGCAUCAACUAAACCGUGAGGUGGCAUUGAUUCAUCAACGAAGAAGUGAUGAAUAAAGCCUGAAACCUCAACCACUUUAACUUGUAAUGCGGCCGCACAUUUAAAGCCUAAUACUUGCCUUUUUCCAAGAAAAAGUACGAAUGAUACAAUAAUUGCUGAGAUUAAGAGGCGCUAUAGUUGUAAUUUGUAUGAAAUGGGAUGAAAUCUGUCUGAAGCCGGGAAGAAUAAAACAAAAUUAGACUUCCGUC